UCCAGACACUACUUUGGUUUGAAUCGAUACGCCAUACGAAAUUCACUUGGGGUUUUGUUUCCUUCUAUGUUAUCUCUGUUUUACGAGAUUCGAUGGCUUUGAGAAACAUGCUCUGGCGCGAUGUUCUGUUCUCAGAAUUUGGUGGGUUGUUUCGGUACCAAUGCCGGUUGUACGCCACCAAAGUUGACCUGAGGAAGCUCCGCCCCAUGAUUCUCAAGAGAAUCGAGAAACGGGCCGACCGGUUCCCGGUUCGCGAUAUGGUUCCGGUUGCGAAAGAGGUCCUCCUCGCCAGGAAUGUUCUCAUCCACGGCGUUUCUACCCUCCUCAAGUCCAUUCCUCUCAUGGCUUGCAAAUUCUGUCCGGAGAUAUUUAUUGGUGAGCAGGGGCAUGUAAUUCAGACUUGCUGGGGUUACAAGCAUCGUGCAAAGAAGCGGGUUCAUGAAUGGGUCAAAGGUGGUUUGAAUGAUAUACUUGUUCCUGUUGAAACGUUUCACCUGAACAACAUGUUCCAAAGUGUUAUUACGCACAACCAAAGGUUUGACUUUGAUCGCGUCCCUGCUGUUGUUGAGUUAUGCUGGCAAGCAGGGGCUGAUCCCCAUGAUGAAAACCUUAAUUCAAGUAGUUGGAACAUGGAGGCUGCCAAUGGCAGUGUCCACGGAACUGAGUCUUUCUCACCAAAUGAUCUUGCCUUUGUAGCGAAGAGAACAUUCAAUGCUUGGGAGACUCUUAGGUCUGGGGUGCAGAAGUUAUUGUUGGUUUAUCCAGUAAAAGUUUGUAAAUCUUGUUCUGAGGUUCAUGUUGGGCCGUCUGGCCAUAAAGCUAGGCUCUGUGGAGUUUUUAAGUAUGAGAGUUGGAAAGGAGCUCACUUUUGGAUGAAAGCUGAUGUGGAUAAUUUAGUGCCUCCAAAGAUUGUAUGGAGGCGAAGGCCUCAAGAUCCUCCUGUACUUGUGAAUGAAGGGAAAGACUUUUAUGGGCGUGUUCCAGCUGUACUGGAUCUAUGCUCAAAAGCUGGUGCCAUUGUGCCUGCAAAGUAUAAUUGUAUGAUGAAAGUGCAAGGUUUGUCUGAUCCUGUCAAUUAUAAAAUUUGGCAGGAGCAGUAGAGAAUCAAACUUUUGAAAGCAACAGUGAGUUAAAUUUCGGGUCUAAUUGGAAUCAGACACUCAAUCAAGGACAGUUUGGGGAAUAAAUCUGACAUGUCAUUACCUUCGUCUGCAAUCUUCAGCAUAAUUUUAAGGUUGUCGUGCAUAUCUGAUUAUGCAUCCAUGUGCCUGUUCUGUUGCUUACAGCAAGAAGUUUUGUUCCCAUAUUUCACAUCUCCCAAAAUAUUUCUGCAGAGCAGAUAAAAAUCUCUACAUAUAUGUGGCUGGACUUGAUGGAGUAGCUCCUCUGGUUGGAAGAAGGUAAUUGGAUAUUCUACUUCUCCAGUCAAAGGUCCUAGUUAUUUUGCCCUGUUGAUUAAUUUAGUCUCUUGAGGAAUCAUAAGUCCAAUAAUUGCUGGAAAUAUGUGACACGGGAGAUACUGCAUUGUUGGAAAUGUUUGUAGUAAGUUCCUCACUACCACAAAAUUGGCAGUUUAUAGCUUAAAUUUCAUUUUUCUUGAGAUACCACACGAAUGUAGCUUUCUUGACAAAGAGUUCAUUCUAUCAGGUUUCAAGUAUCUAGUUUGCAGGUAUGCUGCUGGCUUUUACUUGCGGAUGAUGGUUCAUUAUGGAUGUCACAUG